AUGGGUACCUGGAUUUUGUUUGCCUGCCUCCUGGGAGCAGCUAUCUCCAUGCCUCUACCACCUCAUCCUGGGCACCCUGGUUAUAUCAACUUCAGCUAUGAGAACACAUAUUCUCAGGCUAUCAGUAUUGACAGGACUGCAUUAGUUCUUACCCCUUUGAAGUGGUACCAGAACAUGAUAAGGCCGUACCCUUCCUAUGGUUACGAGCCCAUGGGUGGAUGGCUGCACCACCAAAUCAUCCCCGUGCUGUCCCAACAGCACCCCCCGACUCACACCUUGCAGCCUCAUCACCACAUCCCAGUGGUGCCAGCUCAGCAGCCCGUGGUCCCCCAGCAACCAAUGAUGCCCGUUCCUGGCCAACACUCCAUGACUCCAACCCAACACCACCAGCCAAACCUCCCUCCGCCCGCCCAGCAACCCUUCCAGCCCCAGCCCGUUCAGCCGCAGCCUCACCAACCCAUGCAGCCCCAGCCACCUGUGCACCCCAUGCACCCCCUGCCGCCACAGCCACCUCUGCCUCCGAUGUUCCCCAUGCAGCCCCUGCCCCCCAUGCUUCCUGAUCUGCCUCUGGAAGCUUGGCCAGCAACAGACAAGACCAAGCGCGAGGAAGUG